AUGCCCCCUUGUGCAACUUUACAGCAGAGAUCCAGAAGCGUCGGGCUGCAGCUCGGGGGUUUCCAGGGGUCCAACCUCAGCCCCCCGCAGCUUUACAGCAGAGAUCCAGGAAGCGUCGGGCUGCAGCUCGGGGGUUUCCAGGGGUCCAACCUCAGCCCCCCGCAGCUUUACAGCAGAGAUCCAGGAAGCGUCGGGCUGCAGCUCGGGGGUUUCCAGGGGUCCAACCUCAGCCCCCCGCAGCUUUACAGCAGAGAUCCAGGAAGCGUCGGGCUGCUGCAGCUCGGGGGUUUCCAGGGGUCCAACCUCAGCCCCCCGCAGCUUUACAGCAGAGAUCCAGGAAGCGUCGGGCUGCAGCUUGGGGGUUUCCAGGGGUCCAACCUCAGCCCCCCGCAGCUUUACAGCAGAGAUCCAGGAAGCGUCGGGCUGCAGCUCGGGGGUUUCCAGGGGUCCAACCUCAGCCCCCCGCAGCUUUACAGCAGAGAUCCAGGAAGCGGCUACAGGUGGCUGGAGGUUCCGCAGAACCUCUCUGCGCAGCCCCAGGUGGAUGAGAUGGGGAGGCCGAGGGUCUUGCAUGCAGGUAGCCAUCCCCACAUCUCCUGGGCAGCCCCACGCCAGGAAGGGAAUGCUGAGCAGGGCAGCCCAAGCCUUGUCCCCAAAAUCAGCUUCCAGGAGAACAACAUCACUUACCAGCUCUGCCUGGACAUGCACGGGUUUUUGGCGGAGGAGCUGACCGUGAAGAUGGACGGGAGGAAGCUGACGGUCUCUGGGAAGCACAAGAAGAAGACCAGGUCGCAGGACGACUGCGCCUUCCACGAUUGCAGAGAGGUCCUCAGAGAGGUUCUCCUGCCAGAAGAUGCCAACCUCGACGCCGUGACCUGCACCUUGUCCCACGAUGGGAAGCUCUGCUUCCAGGUCCCACGCCAGGCCGCGACUGCUCCCAAGGUGACAGACAUCCCUGUCACCAAGGUCCCCCAGGGGCAGCGGGCAGGAGGCUGCUGUGCACGAGGAUGA